AUGGGGCGUGGGCAACUGAAGUACAGGAAAAGAGGAGGGAGAGGGGUCGGGGGUACAUUGCGGGGUGGACGGGCUGCAGGAGGUCGCGGCAGUUCGGGUGGCAGCAGUGAAAGCACAGCCGUAAACACAAAAAGAAGUGGACUCCGACACGACCUCACCUCACACCUCCCGUCGAAUACGGAAAAAUGGGGGCGAGCGUUCGGCGAAGAACACGGAGAACAAGGUAGGAGAAAGGCGCGUUGGGUGGGUGGAUGGAUGGGUGUUUUUUCGACUCGUGGGACCCCCAAGGGAGCGUGGCUCGGAGCGAGUGGGUUGAAGUCGUGGACACGGGUCGUACUUAGGCAGGCACCAAGCACCACGGGAGGAGGAGGAGGAGGAGGGCGGGGGAGGCGGGCGAUAUCGACGUCCGCGGUGGGUGUCGAGGAGACGGAGAGACUCUUGGACGAGAGCGAAUGGGCCAUCGGCGCCUCGUCUCGGCACUUGGCAGCACUCCAGGAAGAUGACGAACCAAGCCACGGGGCUGCGGCCGCCCCCGGCGAGCUGCUCGCGCUGAACCUGGAAGUGCUGGAGGUCUGCUUGCGAACGCUUCCGGCCCACGAAAGGCUGCGGCUGCCGCACGCCUUGACCGCCCAACUGGAGACCCAAGGUGAUGGAAACCCCGCCCCCGGGCCUACCGCCGCGUUACCGGCAAGAGAAGGGGCGGCCGCGGAAUGCGCGAGAGCGGCGGCGGCGGCGGGAGAAGGGGGGGUACCAGAACCAGUACCGGGAGGCACGCGGGGGGGGGACAAAAACGCGGGUCUUGGUGGUCCUGGCCCUAUCGCCUCGGCUGGGGCUACCUCAGCGCCCUUAGCUGUGGUGGGGAACGACGAAGGGGCGGUGUUGGACACCCUGCUGGGCUUACAGGAGGCGACAGGGCCGGCGGCGGCGGGGGCGGGGGCGGGGGGUUCGUGGAGGGCUAAUAGCGGCGGGGGGACGGCAACAACCACUAGCGACGAGGAGAGGAUUCGCGCUGCGGGCGGGAGGGAAGAGAUCGAUGAGUUGCAAUCGUGCGAUGACGAUCGUGUGGCGGGUCGGAAAGAGGAGGCCGUGCCUGCAGAACCGCCAUCAUCAUCGUCAUCGUCGUUGCCGGCACAAGCGGGAGGUGGUACUAGCGACCGUCGAGAUUCUCUUGGCGGUGCGGCGGCCUUGGGCGGAGGGGUCGUUGGGCCAGGCGCCGGAAUGGAUAGCGGUAGAGGUGGUGGCGGUACGGAUGAGCUCGAAGACUGGCUCGACGGGAUGUUGGCCGACGCUUGA